UUUCUCAGGCUGAUUUAGAAGUUAUCUCUAUUAUCUCUAUUAUUAAGUCUAUCUCUCUUUGCCGUCUAAAUGAUCUUGUUAGCACAAGACUGUGAUGUUUGUAUUAACCUGGGCAUUUGUGUAGGUGGCGGAGAAGGUGACUGAACUUUGGCAGAUUUAACAUGUCUGCCAUGAUUUCCUUAUAAAGUCAAGCUGUUAAUAUCAGUAGAGGUGGAUUAAUUUGCUCCAUCAGUGGUCGUUGUGGUUUAUCAGUCCCACUUUUCUCGUUCCACAUGACUUAUAGUAGUAUUUUCACCAUUAAAAGUGUCCUCUUUCAUCUAAAGCUCAAUAAUUAAAAACAAAUCACAUUUGUUGAAAUGUGAAUGAAAAAUAUUAAUUUUAAUCUAAUAAGUAUUAUUAUUAUUAUAAAGAAGCUUUUAGCUGUGGAAAUCCACUGUAAUAUUGAUGUAAAAGCCUAUAAAUAAGCUUUAUUUUUAGAUGUCGAGUGAUAUUUUUGUUAAGUUCGGCAGAUAAAAGGAAACUUUAUACAAUCUAAGUGUGAGUAAAUAGUUGUAAUUUUAUGGAUUAACUGUAACUCACCGCCUCAUGUCCAUUGAAACUGUGUAUAAUGAACAUUUCCCGAUUCAAUAAUGUUAUCAUUAACAUUAAUGUUUACAUCCCGUCAUAGUUUCCAUCUCAAACACAGCAUCAAAGACAUGGUUGUCCAUAAAUAUAAAAGUUUCAGGGGCAUUUCUUCCAUCCCAGAAGUGACGUUUUAUUACUUUGUUUUCCCAAAAAAAAGAAAGAUGACGAUAAUGAUACUGAUAAUCACGAGCCUUUUAAAUGAAUUCUAUAGAAAAAAAGGCUGCAUGUCUUUGCGUGUUCAGUGUUCUCUUCAAACGCCUCUGCUAAACGUCACAGGCAGACUAGUUUAAAAGAAGUGAAAAUGAAAACAGAACGCAUUGGUAAUGCACCACAGUGACAGAAUGAACACUGUUAAGCUCUGGGUUACACUGCUCUGUGUCUGUGGAAGAGGGAUUUUGAGUCUGGACUGUGACUGGACCACUGAGUAUGAAGGUAACAACAGAUGCUGUAAAGCCUGUCCUGCAGGCGAGUAUCCUAUAUCGGCAUGUUCACAAGACAGGACAGACAGUCUGUGUGAGAAAUGCCCUUCAGAUUUAACACAUCUUUCAGCUGAGAACAGAUGUUUCUGCAAAGAUAAGCAUUUAUGCGCUGGUUAUCAAUGUGAAGAUUGUCAACCCAGAGAGAAAUGUAAACCUGGACAACAGCUGAUGAGAAUUGGUAAUUUUCAUUUCAGUUUCCACUGUGCGCCAUGCCAAAACAACACUUACAACGAUGUUGAGGACAGCACGUGUAAACCUAUUACAAAGUGUGAUGGUGUUGGUGAGUUCUUCCCAGGAAACCAGACCCACAAUGCAAAUUGUGUCCCUGAAGAAGUCAUUCCUGAUACUACAAAAAGUCCUCCUGAACAAAACAGGAGCCAGUAUUUUCAAUCUUUGAUGGUGGCCUGUAUAACCAUCACAGUCUUGACCUGCCUGGUUUUCAUCACACUUAGUGCUUUUCAGAUUUUCAAAUACAAGACGUUCAUAAAACUAAAUCGCAGUAAACUGUGCACUCAUACAAGGGUAGUGUCCUCAGAAUCAUGCAAACUCUCUAAGGAGGAAAGAGGCGAAAGUGACCAUGAGCACAAGAUAGACCUCUCUGAAGACUGCUGUGACCACAGCUUUCCUUAAAAACUCACGACAACUGCAACAUAAAGCUGAACAAGAUUGAUUACAUAAUACACCUUAACGAUCAUGUCCAUGCAGGGUCUAUUUGGACAUGGACUUUAUUGAUCUGCACAAAAGCCCUCAGAAACUGAUCCGCUUACAGAGAAGUCAGCAAAAAAGGUGCAUGUUUGCAUUAGCUCUUUGACAUUGAGUUAUCCAAUUGUGUUUUCUCUUCGUAUAGCACUGUAAAAGACAGUAGCUUAUACUCCAACAUAUGGAACUAUUGGCUGAAACAAUGCCAAGCUUUGUACUGAACAUUUUGUAUUUUCAUCUGUUUUUAUGUGAAUUAUCAUGAGAUAAGGUUUACUCUCUGCUUGCAUGCAUAGUCUUGCUUUUCUGCCUCGUUCAUGUCUGUUGAUUGGCCAGUAAAGCACUAUUAUUCACUGUCUUGUAUUAACACAAAUCAAUGUUCUUUUCGAAAUGUUCUUUUCAUUCUUUCUUUUGAAAGAAUGAGAAUAAGCUGUGCCUAAUUUCCUGAUGCCAGAAAUGUGACUUUGCAUACAGGGAGUAAUUUAUUGUUGUGUAUUUUGUAAAUGCUAAUUCAAACUUGAGUCCUUUAUGAGUUCUAUAAUGGAGGCAACCUGUAAAUUUAAAUGUAUCAUAGUAAAAAAAUUACCAUA